ACGCCUCAGGGAGUUGGUGGGGGGUCGCAUUAGCAACGAGGUCGGGUCCCGCGUGGGAGAUCUAUCCCAUGGGCCGCGAGACUGUUCUCUUUGCUGUCAAAUGGGAUGACGGAGAUUGGCCGGUACUUGAUGAAGUACGCGGCGUGAUGGAUGGACCUUUGCCUCCGACAAACAGAGAUAUCUCUGGAGAUGGCCGUUGGGUAGACGAGCCAGACGUUGUCGACUUUGCGCCGGGCUGGGAGAUCCCUAGGCACUUUCUCUUUUGGCGACCACCGAAGACAGAUCUGUUCAGAGUCUCACCGGAGGGCCAUCCCAACACGCUGCAGAUAUCUCCCUCGCCAGUCAACCUCUCAGCAACACCAGACUUCAGCCCAGAACAAGAUGGUCUUGGAUUCAUUGCCCGCAAGCAGAGUGCCACGCUGUUCAACUACACUGUCGACGUAUCAUUCCAGCCAAAAGUAGAAAACGAGGAAGCUGGCAUUUCGGUCUUUUUAACGCAGUUACAGCACAUAGAUCUAGGCAUCGUCACCUCGCCAGCUUGCUCCAACCAGUCGCUAGUUCCGAGGUUCCGACUACGAGUCGAAGCAUCAGGAAAGCCCAACAUUAGUGUUCCCGAAACAGUCCUCGUACCAGUGCCCAAAGCCUGAAGGUCGGAGACGAUAAGGCUCUCGGUUUCAGCUAUCAGUGACUCCAAGUAUGUGUUCGGCGCAGCUCCGGCAUCUCGCCCAGAGGAGUAUCUCGAGAUUGGAUCAGCGAGCGCGUUGAUUGUCUCUGGAGGCAGUGGUCCAUUCACUGGCACAAUUGUCGGUGCGUAUGCGACUAAUAAUGGUGGUGAUGGAAAGACACCAGCGUACUUCAGUCGGUGGAGGUACACUCCUGUGGCACAGAAGAUUGAUCACGCUACUCUUGUACCGGCGACAUAGAACCUGGGUUCUUAAUUCAUUCAAUAUUGCUAAGCCAGGUGCCUUGCGAAGAAUACAGCAAGGCCCCAUUACCGCUGUAGUUAGGGGCCAUCUUACCAUGUCAGUCAGUAACACGAUGCCUGUCAGGUUUUCCACGAAUCAUU